GCCCAUCGAAACAAUCAAACCUCGUUCGCCACCAACCUCGUGCCGUUCACCGAUCCCUUUCCUCGCUCCUGUAGAACGAUCAAUCCACCCCACCAAACUCACGAGAUCGCCGUGAUUCGUGUUUGUGUACGUUUCUCUCGCUUGAUCCUGCAAGACAUUGUUCCUGGUUCAUCGCUGGAUCGCGGUGCCUGCGGCGGCUACGGUUGGCGGAGCAGUUGAGGGCGGAAUUUUUCUGGUAUUUUUGGGGGGAUUUUUACGCUGUGCGAAGUAUCAAAAGUUGGGAGAUUUUGAGGUUCUCGGCCGAUUCUCUCGUUGUUAUCGGUGCGUGAGCUCGAUCGGCUUCUCCGACGACCCGAGUGCUAAAGUUCUCUUGUGAUCGGUUCUAGAGAUUGUGAAGAUGGUUACCUCGGUGAGUCACUCCACUUCCAGGAUCGGUGUUGGCGAUCUCGUCCGGCACAAGGCGCCUUGCGUCAGACCUCGAGUGGCGUCCGUUCGUGCUGUAUCGACGAUCAAAAACCUUGAUUUGACGUUUUCCACUAGGAAACCCCUCUAUCUCGCGACUCCGGAGAGGGAUGGAUUUGGCUUCCUCCGCCGCGAUGGGACCUUGUCGGCCAUCAAGCCCCGUGGUCAUGAUUUCAAGUGCGAGGCCUACGAAGCUGAUAGAUCGGAGGUCCCUGAGAUCUCCCCUGAGCAGGCCCGUUCGGAUGCUGCUCAAAGGCUAAAGAUCGGAAUCUACUUCGCCACCUGGUGGGCUCUCAACGUUGUCUUCAACAUCUACAACAAAAAGGUACUUAACGCCUUCCCCUACCCUUGGCUGACCUCCACCCUCUCCCUGGCCGCGGGCUCCCUCAUAAUGCUCAUUUCCUGGGCCACAAGGAUCGCCGAGGCCCCCAAGACCGAUUUCAAUUUCUGGAAAGCCCUUGCACCGGUGGCGGUAGCGCACACGAUCGGGCAUGUGGCGGCAACAGUGAGCAUGUCAAAGGUGGCAGUCUCGUUCACCCACAUAAUCAAAAGUGGGGAGCCGGCUUUCAGCGUGUUGGUAUCCAGGUUCCUGCUGGGAGAGACCUUCCCUGUGCCGGUGUACCUCUCUCUGGUGCCGAUCAUUGGUGGAUGUGCUCUGGCUGCAGUGACAGAGCUCAACUUUAACAUGACUGGUUUCAUGGGUGCGAUGAUAUCAAACCUCGCAUUUGUCUUUCGGAACAUCUUUUCAAAGAAGGGAAUGAAAGGGUUAUCUGUUAGCGGGAUGAACUAUUAUGCUUGCCUCUCCAUCCUGUCCCUCUUUAUACUCACCCCAUUUGCUAUUGCAGUUGAGGGGCCCCAGAUGUGGGCUGCUGGUUGGCAGACAGCACUUUCCCAGAUUGGUCCUAACUUCAUUUGGUGGAUUGCUGCACAAAGUAUCUUCUACCAUUUAUACAACCAAGUCUCUUACAUGUCCUUGGAUGAGAUCUCACCUCUGACGUUCAGCAUCGGCAACACCAUGAAGAGGAUAUCUGUCAUUGUCUCAUCCAUCAUAAUCUUCCGUACUCCUGUUCAGCCUGUCAAUGCCCUCGGAGCUGCCAUCGCCGUCCUUGGAACUUUCCUCUACUCCCAGGCAAAGCAGUGAGAGAUGACGAGAAGGGAUGGAAUAAUAAAGUGAAACUGCUCCGGUAGUAUAGGAUUUGGUCAUAGAUUCUUUUUGUAGAGUUCCAACAGCAGUCUUCAAUUGAUCGCAGAUCAUACUGCAAAUACUCCAAGAUUCGUUAAACUCAACUUAUAGUUAUGCUCGUAUUUUUUAUUCCUAUGCUUAAAUCAGACAAUUCGAGCCUUUCUCAGAGGGGAGUUGGCUAAAAUAAUCCUGAGCAAAGUUGUAUUAUUGGGAAACAUAAACCCUUCAGCAAGAAGCAAUGUUUGUUGUCUUCCACCAGUGUAAGCCUUUCUUAUCAGAGCAAGUUGAUUUUUUUGUGA